CAGGAGGGUGGGAGUCUCUUGGGGAAAGGAGGACAGACCUGCACUUCUGGAAGAAUGAGAGAAGUUGGGAGGACAGUGGUGUUUGUGAUGACUUUCAUCAGCUGCAACGCCCUCCUGGAUCUGUCUGGUGUCCACCAGAUCAGAGGUACAUGGAUGGGAUCCACCACUAUACCAUGUACCUAUGUGCCUUCAGAAGGUUUCACACAGCACACGCUGAGCUGGAGUCUGGAGAGAGAUUCCAGCGUCUCCACCAUCUUCCGGAGGGAUGAUUCUGGUGACCACAUCUUGCCAGCUAAGUUCCGAGGCCGAGUCAGCGUCCCAAAGAACAGCCCAGGGGAUGCCUCACUGCUCAUUGAGAACCUGGAAAUGCCUGACAGUGGACACUACACCUGUCAAGUCGUCUGGAGGUCUACAGAUAACAGCUUAAUAACAAGAGAGAUGACCACUACAGUUAAAGUUGUCAAAGGUAAAUCCAGCAGUAAAGCCCUGCUCUUGUGCAGCCAGGUUACAUCAAAAGAAGGUAGGGGGACCAGCAUUGGUGUGAAUAGUCUUUCACACCACACUGUCUGGCCCAUCUAGGUUGGGGGUUGAAGCACCUGGCUCCCUUGCUAAGUUGGUUAACCUUCUCAACACAUGGAGGUGUAGGAAUGAAGUGGGGAAAGGAGCCAGUUAGUAUACAGCCCAGGCUGGAUCUAUUGUGGGCCAUUUGAGCCCAUGUUUGAGAUAAUAUCCAGGUCUGGUUCUGUGCAGGUUCUGUGCAAUAUCUCUGUGGUUCUUGCAGCCAAGUGGGUGUUGUGUGAGCCAAGUCUGCCUUCCCCUUUUCCUGAGCACCCUCAAUGUGUGCUAGAAAAAGGCUUUUCUGCAAGGGGGCCACCCACCCUAGAGAGCAGGACUCUGUGAAAGGGCUGCAAAAAUGGUGGCACAGCUGGUGUAACCUGGGUUAACACACAGGUAACCCGAACUCAUCCUGUGCGGGGAGGUGAGAGCUGAGCUGCUUCCUCCCGGCAAGGCAGACAGCAAGAGCGAGAGCUGCUGUGGC